AUGGCAAGCUCAUCCGCAGCUGGAUCUGCGAAAAACCUGAGCGAGAGCCGCGCCGAAGCCCUCCAGGCGCUCCUAAACUCGCUUACGCCUGGCGCAGAGACAGGCGGGGAGGGAACGCUGAACCCGAGCCAGGUCCGAAGGAUAUCGGACAGGCUCGGUGAGCUUCUGGGUGAGGAUGCGAUCCCCGACUCGACGCAGCGGAACGAGAAGGGUGAGCUGGUCAAUGAAGAAGGCCUCCCCAUCAUUGACAUCGUCGAGCCCGUACCUGCGAACGAAAGAUCAACCGCUAUAGCAGCCAUCCCGGCUUCCCAGGAUCCUGACGUGAUUCCUCUGUGGGCUCUUUCCCCUCAGGAGAAGGCAAGAAGACGCGCGGAACGUGACCGCAUUCUCGAUCUGCUGGAGGAAGAGGAACGCAUUCAAACAGAAAAGUACGAGGAAGCAGAGCGAGAGCGCUUUAAGGUCGAUCUCGAGAAGCGCAAACAGGCGGCGAAAGCAGAGAUGGAGGCACUGAAGAAGGCCAGAGAGAUGCAGAAGAAGAUGGGGAAGGCACUGCUCAAGAAUCUCGUUGUGGCCCGUGAGCGCGAGGACCAGGAGAGACGCGCGGAAGAGGAGGCCGAAAAACAGGCUAGAGAGGAACGCCAGAGGCUCAAGCCGAGGAAGAGUGUUUCGUUCGCCGACCUUCCUCCGGACCAUGAAUAUCAGCCUGCAAAUAGCGUUCCUAUGCCUCCUCCGUUCGACUGGGGAGACGUCACGCCUGCCACCCUUCAGACCCCGAACAAGAGUUCCCCUGUCAAUAAGGAUCAGAUGAACAAGGGUCCUAUGAGGAUGAAUGUUGUGGAACGCAUGCCUGGACUCAAGCCUGGUCCGAAAUCUCCCCCUCCACCAAGGCAGGCGGAUUCCGAUGACGAGUCUGAACCCGACUCUGCUGUCACCGCGGAUUCUGACGAAGGGGAGGAGGUGGAGACCUUGGAUCAUUCUGAUACGGAGGAACCAGUGUCGCCGUCUCACGACGAGUCGGAUGAUAGCGAUUACGGCGUUCUUCAAGACAACGAGCCGGUGGAGUGGGACGUCGACGGCUACGAUUUCGCGCAACAUCAGCGUGAGAUCGCCCUCGCAUACUACGAGAAGCGGGCUACCGUUGGUGCUGAUGCUCUGGCUGCUAUGCGCAACCAUGAACAUCCCGAAGGAGAACAUGAGUGGGAUCAACCAGAUGUCCCGCUUGAGGCAACGCUUGCCAGUGUGCCACCGAAACCAUCCGUGUCGCGUUUCAAGUCAUCCACUGCUUUCUCGUCUUUACCUUCCCAGUCUCUCGGUGGCUCUGUGGUCCCAGCUUCCCGAUCAUCUGAGCUGAAAGCGGCCGUACGAUUAGGCAAGCUGGAAAACGGGAACCUUGUAGGUGGCGAGGAAGGCGAGAGCGACGAGGAGAUAGAGCCGGAAGCUAAGGAGAUGCUGGAGAUGUUGAAGAAAGGUGACGUCGUGAACGUCGGACCUAAUUUGCCCUCAAACAUCUCUGCAACCGAUCCUGUACCGGAAGCAGCGAUCCCUACUACGUCGUCCAGUCCCUCCUCCGCUGAUGCAUCUGCUACUACUCCGGUCAAGACGUCGAGAGUCUCGCAACUCAAAAUGUCUUUGUCCGUUCCUUCGUUCACUCGAGGGACGCCCUCCCCGCCAGGGUCGAACCUCGCGACUCCGCUCACUAACGCGGAGAGAUCUUCUCCGAAACCGCUCUCAGUCGGCGGCACGCCCAUACCUAUCCCUACCAAGACCUCACGGUUCGUAGGGCCCUCGCAAAGGGCACACGAGAAGCGUCCCGUGCAGAUGCCCGGAAUAGUCUUGGAUUCGCCGUCCUUCCCCGCUCCCGGUGUGGUUGCAUCUCCAUCUUUCCCCAGUCCAAGCCAUGGCGCCGCCUUUCACUCCAUGAUCAUUGAGUCUCCUUCCUUCAACAGUCCCUCGUCGACGUUAGUUGGAACCCCAAGUAGUACCGGCCCAUCAUCUUCACCCAGCGUGUCCUCACCUUCUACACCGACGAUCACGGCCCCAGUUAGCGCUUCGGUGCUCGAGCGUAGACCAGUCGUUGCUACUCAAGUGCGCGAAUCCAUGCCUACCGGACCACACUCUUCAGGGACGACUCCCGCGAAGGAGAGAAAAAUGUCUAGGUUCCGCGCCGAACGUGGUUGAAGUAAUGAAAGUCACCCUGUAUAUCUCAGAUCUAUUCCGCCGAUGUAUCGCUAGUAUUUAUGUGAUCUCAAGGCGUAUAUGUAUAUCGGGCUCAGGUCUUU